UUCAGUUAAAUCUUUUAUGAAACAAUUUGGUAAAAUUAGAGCCAUCUGGGAGGUUAAGGAAAUCCUCUUGUCCAGUGGAGGGCAGUAGGAUUUGAAGGCAGCUCAGUCCUACCUGGAAACCACCAGUCUACUGAACAGAAGUAACAGAAAAGAGGCAUGGCCUGUGGAUUCUCCUCCCAGCUUGGAAAGGACCACCAUUCUUAGCUCUCACAUCCAGCAGGCCUUUUUGUGGUAAAGGUGGAGCAAAAGACCUACACUGAUGUCCUACAAAACCAGUUAAUACAAACACUGCCUGCCAGUGGGUAGACUGCAAGCCCAGACAGAGCUGGUGUGGCCAGCCACCUCCAAUGAAAAUGCCUUAGGAAAAACCAAAAGAACUCUGCUAAACACCAUUGUCAGCUAAAAGGAAAAGAAAUCCCUUUUAAGUAAACUAUUUAACUUCAAUAGGCUGCUUUUCUGCUAGGAUUUUCAAUCCCUCUGAACAUAAGCUGAGCCACAGACUACUGCAUGUAUGUCUGGAUCCUGGCUUUUCUUCCCCCAACCCCCACCGCCAAGAGCUUCAGGACCAGUUGUUGGCCAAAAAUAAACACCAUUCCUCAACCAUAUAUGUCCACCAGCCUUGAGCUGGGGAGGAGCAGCAGGAGGCAGGUCAGCCCUGGCUGGGUACACUCUGUGGAUGCCGUUCACCAUGCACAUAACCCAGCUUAACCGGGAGUGCCUGCUGCAUCUCUUCUCUUUCCUGGACAAGGACAGCAGGAAGAGCCUCGCCAGGACCUGCUCCCAGCUCCAUGAUGUGUUUGAGGACCCUGCUCUUUGGCCUCUGCUGCACUUCCGUUCCCUCACUGAGCUUAAGAAGGACAACUUCCUUCUGGGCCCAGCGCUGCGCAGCCUGUCCAUCUGCUGGCACUCCAGCCAGGUGCAGGUGUGCAGCAUUGAGGACUGGCUUAAGAGCACCUUCCAGAGGAGCAUCUGUAGCCGGCAUGAGAGCCUGGUCAGUGAUUUCCUCCUCCAGGUGUGUGACAGGUGCCCCAACCUGGCGUCCGUCACGCUGUCGGGCUGCGGCCACGUCACCGACGACUGCCUGGCCCGCCUGCUGCGCAGUUGCCCGCGCCUGCGCGCGCUGCGCCUGGAAAACUGCGCGCGCGUGACCAACCGCACGCUGGCGGCCGUGGCGGCGCACGGGGGCGCGCUGCAAACGCUGCACGUGGACUUCUGCCGCAACGUGAGCGCCGCGGGCCUGCGCCGCCUGCGCGCCGCCUGCCCGCGUCUGGUCCUGCGCGCCGAACACAGCGCCGCCAUGAUCCCCGACCAAGUCCCGCGCCCGCCAGCGUCGGGCACGGCUCUCCGCAAGCUGCUGCCUAGCUAGGCCGGCCGUGACUCUGGGAGAGAGUACCUUGGCGUCAGAUCGUCCUGCCUUGGAGUCCGCCGUCGCGCCUUCUCGGCGUCAUUCUUCCCGUCUGCACAUUGGGGAUAAUGCCCAUCUACCUCACAUCAUGAUUUUAUAAAGGGGAUGAAGGCGAGAUUAAACGACUGCAUGGCUGGAAAACA